AAUAUGGCGGCGCCUAUGGUCCGUCAAACUAGUGGAUCAAGAUUUCGAAGUGGACGAUUUAUAGGUAGAAGACCUAGUGGCGAGGACAAUGUCCAGCUUGAUUUUCAGAAAGAUUCAGUUGAAAAUGUUAAAGAAAUUCUUGCCUAUGUAAUCAAGAAAACCUCAUUUUCGAAGGCAAAGAAGCUUGGUUAUUUAAAUGCCUUUGUGAAACUGAUUGUGCACUGUGGAAAGGUUGAGAACUUGGGACUUCCACUGAGAAGUAUAUUUAUUUGUUUAAGUGUGAAUCUUCUCCAUGCAUCGAAGGAAGUAAGAGCCGGAACACUACGAGUGAUUCGCCACCUUGUCACGGACGAGAGCUCUCUUCAAAUUCUCCUCAAUUUACAUAUAGACUAUUUAAUUGCAAGAGCCCUAGAUCUGUACUUAGAUAACGAGAUAGAGCGUGUCCACGCGCAGAAGUUUGUCCGUCAUCUGGUAGUCCUGGUUCCUGGCGCUGUUCCACGUUCACUCCUUAAUCCUCUUGUUGCCAUAGGCAGUGAUGGGGGGACAGAGAGAGACCGGAUGGUCAGGGCCUCCCUGGCCUGCCUCUGUGAACUGACCUAUGCCAAUCCAGAGCUUGUGUCCCAGUGUGGGGGAAUCAGCAUGCUUCUGAGGAAGAUACUGGACUCCCCAAACUAUCCCAGAAUCAACGAAUCCCUCGUGGCAACCAUCCUCCAUCUCGUGAAUUACCCUGCCACGCGGCACUACAUACAUUGUAACACAGACCUUGAGCAACUGAUUGCGCCAUUCACUGACUGCCACUUCAGUUACUCUGGUGAAACAAAUGAGCAAGUGAACCUUGUUGAGGAUCAGGAGACCCGGUUUGCUGCCAGCAGAAUGGCUGUUGUCACGGUGAUGAGGUCAUGGCCCGGUAUCAUCAGGUUUUGUAGGCCUGACGGGGCUGGAAUACAGUCCCUCAUUGGCAUCUUGUACCUCCCUUUCCAAGAAAUUAGGCAUGCCUUGCUUGAGCUGGUAUACGAGCUGUUCAGGAUCAACCUGCCUGACUCCACAAGCGACUUUACACAGGCUCUUUUAAGUGUUGAUCCUUCAAAGAUGAUGGAAAGCUGGCAUAUAACAGAAGGAUUUGUAGCGAAUGAAGCAAAGUCAAUCCUUCCAAACAUAGCAACUAUUAGGCCUAAUUUAGUGGAAAACCAUCUUGCCCUUCUCUUGUCAGCCUGGAUCCGUGCUGGGAUUCUUAGUGCAUUGGUAGAAGUCAUUAUAUCUACAGAUGGUGAGCUCUAUGUGCGGGCCGUCAUUUUGCUGGGAGAACUUCUUUAUUUGGCAAAUCUGCUGCUGCCAUCUGAAUGCAGUCAUCACAGUCAUUAUCUUCCCACACUGGUUGCUAUGGCAAGCUCCAUGGAUACCCCCAGCAACCAGAGGCAACAAGCGAGAAAGGCAGUCAGCUACUUGGACAGAAUCCAUUGCCUUAAGAAGCGAGGUCCCAUUCCGUGCAGCCUGUACCUGGAACAGCUGCUGCGUCAGUCAGGCUUUUACAAGGACCGCCCCCUUUCCCUCAACAUGCAGAAGAACAAGUUGCUUGACAUGCAUAUACGAAAGCGCGCCUCCUCGUCUGAGGAGGUUUGUCUACAGACGUUAAGAGACACUCAGGUGCUCUUUACAAAGACAAGCCACAACUGGGACUGGGACCUCAUAGAAUAUGUCCUCAAGUGGCCAGAUGACAAGCUGAGAAAACUAGAAGAUCAAACAUAUUCCAGGUUUAUCAAGCGCCUCGCCUUCUUCUACAAGCCAACCAAUCAUCAGUUCUCUCGAGAACCCUCCGACCACGAGUUUCAGAAGAAGUACGCUCUUGUUGGCUGCCAUCUUGUGGACUUUCUGAUCAGAUGUGAAACUGAAGAAGGUCAGAAAAUUGUAUCAGACUUACUUGCAGACAUUGCCCUGUGUCUGUCGGAGGUGGCAUUACGAAGACUAGCCCCUGAGUCGGUGUUGAGCCCAGGGAACAUUAUCAACACGCUAGCACACUACUACUUCCUGUUCAUCGGAAGGUUUUCGCUAACAACACGAGGGGAUCGACAAGUAGAGAAGGCGGGAAUUUACCAGCACUUCUUGGACAUCAUCACAUCUGCCCCCCAAGACAGCUAUGUGAAGCUGAUAGUCUCCAGUCUGAACUAUGGGCGCGAGGGCAACUGUCGGGCCAUUCUCUCCAAGGCACUGUGUGCUGGCCAGGAGUCUGGCAGGCUAUAUGCCACCAAGUUCAUGCGAGUCCUGUUGCGGGCCAAGAUGCACGGCUUCUCCGGUUGGGGUAUUGAGCGGUUGGUGGGUCAGCUGUAUGACCAGAGCCUUAGUGUUGCCAUGACUGCGCUCACAGUGCUGGAGGAGGCAUGUGAACUCAAGGAGAACUUGGAUGAGGUGAUAAAGCUGAAGCCAAACUUGCUGCACCUGGGAGACAAGGGGAUGAUGAUGUUAUGUCGCUACAUGUCCACGCAGGCUGGCUUUAAGUUCCUCACUGAGGCCAACUACACUAUGAACGAGCUCACCAAGUGGCACAACACAUACAAUACCAAGUACGUGUCCUUUGUGGAAGAGCUACUAAAUGAGGCUUUGACAACGUACGAGAAGACCUACGAAGGCUCCUACACACGUCGGUCAAAUAAAAGACGGAAGAAGCUGGACGUGUAUGUGCCCACCCACCUGUACAGUCAGCUUGUACAGCACAAAGACAGCUUUAAUCUUCUCAAGCAACAGACAUAUGUUGGGGACUACUUUGAGGUUGUGCGUAGCUGUGAGGAACUGAAGUCAGAGGCAGAUGUCUUAGAGAUGAAAACUGCACUCUGGGCAGUGGGCAACAUCAGUAUGUCAUCGUGGGGCGUAGGUUGGCUGAAGGAGGAGACCAUUGUUCCAGAGAUCAUACGUAAGGCAGAGGAGUGCAGCGUCUACUCCAUACGGGGGACGGCAUUUUUUGUCCUUGGCCUGGUCUCCAGCACAAGGGAGGGGGCGGAACUGCUGUCUCAGUAUGGCUGGGAGUCACGCUGGAACAACCGCUCUGAGCGCUGGCCUCUCGUGGAGGACCACACCGUGCUGCUAGAUGACGCGCUAGAUGAGGCCCAGACAGAGGCUUGCUUUCAGCACAGUCACUCGAGGCUCGAACUCAACAGUCCCAGCAGCCUGGAUUUCAUUGUUGAAGAGCGAUUCAAAAUGAAAAUUGGUAACUCUGAUAGGCCCAAUGGUGGUGUCGGUGAGGCGGAAAAUGUUGAUGAGGAGUCGGAUUGCGAAUCAGGUAUUCAGAUGCUUGUGAAACCGAAGGGACCUGGAAAUUAUAGCCCGGAUUUGAGGUCCCUGAGGGGACGAUUGAAAAGUAGUUCAAUGUAUCAGACUGGGUCAGGUUCCAAGAGCUACAUGCUGCCUCCUAGGUCACAGACAUUCAGGGGUGCAUCCAGAGGAGUUGAGAUUAAGGGCAGGACUCAGAGUGUGGAGCAUUUAUCAGCCUCCACAGGUGAUCUGUUGAGUAUAUCGAGCGAGAGGCCAGAGAGAAGUCUUUCAGCAAAUAUACCUGUAGAUGGUUCUAGUAGUGAUAUUGGUGAUCAUGCUACUGUGGCAGCGAAUAACAAUGUAGAUAGUAGUUUCAAUAAGCAAUAUGUUAAGGAUGAAACUGGCAAUCUUUCUCCAGAAACAGUUGAACAUUUUAGUGAAGACAAAACAAGUGUAGUGAAAUUUACAGGUGUUAUUAAUUUUAAUCAACAACAUAUAGAAAAAAAUCUUAUACAAAAAGAACAUAUACUAAAUGAUGUGGUGCCUGUGUCAUUAAAUGAAUGCGAUCAAAUUAUUAACCAUCAACAUUAUUCUGAAAGUGAUAUUCAAAUAAGUGUUACAGAUUCAGAGAAUCAGGUUAUUGAACAGAUGAGUGAUUCUCGGACACCUGAUGGUCACAUUGAAACCACACGUAGUGAACCAUUGGAAAAUUCCUCUUUUAAAAUGGCGUACCCUGUGGAUAUUGAACAGGGUAGUAAAAGUUUACCAACAGAAAACAGUGUUCGAAAAAGUGCUGUGAGUUUAAUACGGGAAAAAAGCAAUGGAAGUGACAGUUCUCAAACAACCAAUAGUACUAAAUCACGCACUGACAGCUUUAACACUGACUCAACCACAAGCGGUGUUGGUUCGUAUGAUUCUGGUCUACAUGGGGUAGUAGAGGGCAUGUCAUCUUUGAGUCCCAUUCCCAGUUCACAUUCUCUAGAAAACCUGGAACAUUUCGAGGUUGAGAUGAGGCGGAAGGACAAACCGGAACUCCAGGAGCGCAUGCAUCAUUCUGUUAUAAUGCGCAAGAUUUCGCAUUUAUCUCGGGUGCCCAGUUUUCGAAGACAGUCUAGUCCAUCGGCGGGUAUUGCUACGAGCUUUGAUUACUCAGAUAAUGCCAUCAUGUACACUACAGCUCGAGACGCCAUGGGGUAUGCAACGUUGAGGAAUCUGAGGAAUGCGAGGCAGAUCAGCAUGGAUAACGAGUCAGACAUGGGACUAAACAUGCUGUAUGGCAGCUCAACGAGUCUCAAUCGAAGACCCAGUAUCGACAGUACCUACAAGCAGCGGCCUACUAGCCUACUCACCUACAACCUUAGUGGAGUCUCCCUGAGUGACCUUGACAACCCUGCGGCCCAUCAGCCCAAGGCUCGACUCUACCAGCAGCGCCCCCACACCGGCAUGGCAGAGUUCAUGGGGCUCUCACUGCCUGUCGACAUAAACAUGAUAUUUGAGACCAGUGAAUCUGACGAUAGCCACUCAGUGUUUGGUGGAAAUGUUUCCCGGUCAGAGUCCUUCAACCAGAACCGCUUUUCUCGUGCUAAUUCUGUGAACGACAGUGCAACAUCUGAGGUUCGGCGUAACACCAGCGGCCUGGAAUUCAGCUACAGACAAGAACUGGAUGUGGAAGGUUCAAGGUCAAGGUCACAUUCCACUAUGGAGGUGAGUCCCCAGCCUCUGUCCAGUGAACACAAUGUGGACGUAUGCAUACAGUGUCGGGGAAUGCGGGAAGAAAAGCCAACAGAGACCAUAGAAGCACCAGCAGGAGAGAAGAUGACGUUUGACACAAAUGUGGGUCGUACGUUGGUACGCAAGGAGCUCCUGCGGUUUGUGAUCAACCUGAGCAGCUCCGUGGGGGUCAAGGGCGCGGAGCAGGGACUCCUCAGUUUGAAGCAAAAGUUCCCAAGGGCAUUCCAAGACUUGUGUUUCUACUCGGAUGUCAGCCAUCUGCUGGCCACGUGCUUUUUCCGGCUUCCAGCGCGCAGAUUUAUACAAGAACUCUUUGAGGAUCUUGAUAUCUCUAAGCUGGUGUCCAACGCCUUCAACACACUGGGUAUUGAUGAGGCAUCAGACAGGGUCUCCAUUGAUAAACCUCUACCAGAGCAGUAUGAUGGCUUCGAGGAGUUCUCCUGACACUGGCCAAUACUUAGACACUCAACAAUGAAGGACUCGUGUAGUUCAAGGGACAUAUUGGGCUACCAUGGCUCUUUAUUGAUUAGACACCUAGAAAGUAAAUGUCAAUGGGCGUAUGAUCUUCUAGGGUUGUUAUGGCUCCUUGUUUUCUUACCAUAACUUGAACACAAUACACUGGAAGGCAUGUGUUCUAACACGGCUUUUUAAAAGAGUUACCGUGGCCCUUAAAUUUUGUUGUUGAUAUUUAGACCACAUAGGUUAAUUUAGUAUUCUAUAGAUUUAUGGUGUUGAUUUGAUUCUUUGCUUUAUAAAAACUAUUAGACACUUGAA